AUGAGUGAACACUACGGGAGCCAUGUUGUCAUGAGCUCUUCGGUCCCUAGCCAUAAACCACGGAGAAGAUGUAUGUGCAUGACGCCCGUGUCAAGCCAUGCAUCUCUCACAGAGACGGAGAGUCGCCACAACGCCCGAAUACAUUUUUAUUGGCUGGAAAUACUACUUGAUAUUUCUAUGGUCGCAUGCUUUGCCGCACUCCAGCGCUUCGUAUGUACAACAAAGCUCGACAAGGAUUCUGCACAAACCUGGAGUAAAAAGUCUUCCCAAAUAAUUCCCAGUUAUGAGGAUAGACCAGCGGUGCGGGGAAGCCAGUACAUCUUGAGCAGUCCAGGACACCACGCAGCUCCGAAAACUACAGCUGACAUGAUUAGGUACUUGUUGGGAUCAUGCCUGGUGGCGGUGUUGAUGGUAGAAACUGCAGCUAACUAUGGAGUACCUGCCCCACAAGUUCCAAGUUAUGGCGCCAGACCUCAACAGCAGGCUUGUCAAACUUAUGUCGUCACGACAACAGUGGCAACUCCGCAGUAUUUCACUGACACAAAGUACCUAACACAGUACCAGACGCAGUACCAGACGCAGUACCAGACGCAGUAUCAAACUCAGUAUAAAACUCAGUACGUCACCAAAAAGCAACCAGUGUCCAUAUACGUCACCAAAACAGUCUCCAGCUACGUCACCCAGACACAGCAAGUAAACCAGUACGUCACACAAACGGUGCCCAGCUACGUCACUACCACCGUUAGAGUCCCUCAGUAUGUGACUCAGUCCUGCCUAGUUAAUGGAGGAUAUAGCAGCAGUGCAGGCGGUGGAUACAACGGGAACACAGGAUACGGCAGCAGUGGUAGCCCCCCAGCUAUAGACAUACGCCAGGGACCUAAUGACGAACCUACCGUGGGCGACGAGGAAUGGGCGUGGGUCUAGAAAGAAUAGCGUUGACAUGCAAGAUGUGGACAAUUGUAGUUUUCAUCUCUGGAUAUCAAGUCAUUGAAAAGGCACUGUCUUAUAUCACCGUCACUGCAGUGUGUAUUGGAAAUAAAUGGAUUUAUUGAU